AACUCAGACCAAACAUCAUUUUCACUUCCCUCUUCACCAUCACAAAUAUAAGAAUUUCCGUCAGUCCCUGCUUCCCACCAACAGAGCAGCCAAAAUGAACGCGGUCAUUUCCCUCCUUGUUCUUUCAACACUACCACUGCUUGUUGUGCCUGUGGCCACGUCCGUGGACUCAGUCAAAGCUGCGGUGGAGAUUGUGUCGGGGGAUCCGAGGAUCUUCUCUGGGGAGAGUGUUCGGCUGAAAUGCAGCGUUUCUGAUGUCAGGUCCACCUGGGAUUACCUGUGGUUCAGGGGGUCUGAGAAGCUCCCACAGCAAGGGGAGCACCUCCUGCUGUGGAGAGCCCAUGUUAAACAGAGUGGGAACUAUUACUGCCAGGGAGUGAGGGACUCAGCAGUGGGAGACAUAUACACCAGUAAAAGUCUGCCUGUAGAGAUCAACGUGGAUGGAGGGUGGGCUAUCCUGCAAGUCCCACCGACUCUCAGUCUUGUCGGGGACACCUUAGUGGUCACCUGCCGUGUCCGAGGCACCUCCCAGCUUCGUGAGGUGAUUCUGUACAAAGAAGGCAUUGAAGUUAUGAGACAAAAGGGACUCAACCCACAUUUCACCCUGACCAACGUGACUGUGGCGGACCAAGGGAUGUAUUCCUGCAGAGCUUCCUGGGACAUAGAGAGGCGUACACGCUCUGUAAUCUCUGUUGACACGCUGCUGCAGGUUGUAGAGGUUCUGUCGGAGCCAGUUUUGGAGAUCGUCACUGUCGGCGACUUGAUUCCAGCAAAUAUGAUGCGGCUCAACUGCCACCACCAAUACAAUGCCCCUGCUCCUAAACCUCCAGUGCACUACUAUUUCUUUAGAAAUAACCUGAAACUGGGAAUGGCAACCUCAGAGAACCAUGAUCUGGUCAAACGGACUCCGGGCCAGUACACCUGCAAGAUCAGGGUGCCUGUGUUGGGCCUCGUCAGGUGGAGUCAGCCCAAAAGCUUUGGACAAGUGACAGAGCUACAGAUGACAAAGCCUCCAGUUCAUCCCAGAGAUCCAUGGACUCGAGCUCCUGUGAUCUCAUCCCCUUCAGACCCCUCCCUGCCUCCUGCAUCUGAGCCAACAGCAGCGCUGCUCCCCCCUCACCAGUCUACUGCCACUCCUACUGUUAUUCAGACUACUGAAGCGGGCACCCCCUCCUCUGGUCCUCCAUCUUCACAGCCAGCACCAAGAACUGUGCCAUCCACAGCCCAGUCUCUCAACAAGACUACUCUCCCAGAAACUGACGAUAUAACAGAGCAAUCUGGUGACACGCCUGAGGAUGAUGGUGACGUGUCUGGUGACAUGUCUGGUGACAUGUCUGGUGACGGGCCCAAGAGGUUCUGGUGACAUGCGUUCAGAUUCUCCAUAAGCAUAGAGACAACUUUGCAUACAAUAAAGACCAUUACAGAUAUUAUUGAUCCUAAAUCAGAGUAACAACGCGCGACUGCCACAUAUUCAGCUGUCUGAUAUCAAUAAUCCGUACAAUGCUAUUGCAGUUCUUGGUAAUAUUCAUGUUAAAUAUGUCUCAACUUCAUCUUCAUCAUCUGAUCUGUACAAAACUAACUGGUUCAUAAUAACUAAUGCCAUUAAUAAAGCUGAUCAUAAAUAAUA